AUGAAUUGGUUCUCGAAGCUCAAGAGCGACGGAGGGCUGGGCAAUGCAUUUGGCAGCCUGGUGGCGCAGGCGGCAUCGUUGAUUCCCGAGGAGUUCAAGGACAAUGACGAUGACGACACGAAUGACCCCACCUACAUCGAACCCACCCCCGAGCUGAUCGAGUACGUGAGUCAUCUCGCGCAACACCCAAGCACCUUCACCGAGUUCCCCAUUCCUCGCGCCCCCGAGGGUGCGUUUCCGUUGACGAGGGGCCAAACCCGGCACGCCCGCAAGAUGCUCGAGAUGGUGCCCUCCCUGCAGAAGCUGCGCUACUCGAUGUGCCCCAGCAAGAUGAACGAGGAGACCUUCUGGAGGAUCUACUUCCUGCUGCUGCUCAACAAGACCAACGGCAAGACCAACAAGACAAACGACCAGAAGGAGGAGAAGGAGAAGAGCAAGGGGAAGAGCAAAGAGAAGGAUGGUGAACAUGGCGGUAGCGGCGGCAGGAGGAAGGAGCGAGACGAGGAACGCGAAGAGGGGCAGGACGUCGACGUACUCUCGGAGCACGCGCUGGAACGCUACUUCGAGAAGCUAUUUUUUGAUUACCAACAGGAACUCUUCCUGGCGACGCCGGAGGACGUGCUGCACCGGCACAUGAAGAGAAAGGGCGAUCGCUACCAGCUGGACGACGGCAUUGACCCGCACGAGGACAACUACUUUGCACGGCCAAUUCGAACGCGGCCCCAGCAGCCGAACCAACAAACGGUCGCGUGA